UCCCUUUGAAUGCAUCAGGAAAAUAGUCUCUCUUAUCCACUCAAAAUUUGGAUUGUUUGGCCUGCAGCCUCUCCCCUUGAGAGAUGAAUCUUGGUCCAGUCUCACAGUGCUCAUUCAAUGUCUCAUCUUCUACAAUUCCACGUUUUCAGAUAACUUCUUUCCCCCCUUCUUCACAGUCCUUGUCGUUGAGGAGGACUAUUACUCCUUUGGCAAUCUCAGCAAUUGGGUCCAGAAAAGUUAUUCCAGCGCGAGACCGAGUCAUAGAUUUUGGAAAAUACAAAGGUAAAAUGCUGGGAACACUCCCAUCCAAAUACCUCAAAUGGGUGACAAAGAAUCUCCGAGCUCGCGACUUUGAAGAAUGGGCUCAGCUAGCAGAUCAAGUCCUCUCUGACCCUAUCUAUAAGGACCGAAUUGAGUGGGAGUUCGCCCAAAAUCUCCUUAACGGCGACGUUUCACCGGCAGGGACACAGACUGCCGUUUCCGAGUUGCUGGAAAUCAGCACCAGAUUCCGUUGGGACAAUGACGAUAAGUUGGGUUGGAGCAAAAUUGAUUUUGAGUUACUUGGGACCUCUAAAGGUGGUCGAAUACCAAGGCUUUCCGAUUCCUCCAAUAAUUCAAUUAGGGUUGAAGAUAAAAAGGGUACAGAUGGAGUUGAUAGUUAUCAGGAGGAUGGCGAAAAAGACAAUAGGGAGAGAAGACGGGAAAGGGUAAAGUUACAGAGGAGACAGAAUGAAUCUGGCUCAACUAGUAUUACACAAAGAAGAGCAAAUUCUGAUCAUUUCAAUCAGCCUAAAUCAGAUCCAAUCCGCUCAUUUGACACCACUAAUUAUAACACUAGUAGCGGUAGAACGAAAACUCCAAGUCGUUUUCCGGGUCGUGAAUCCUUGUUGAAGAAAGCCUUGUCUCUGGGUACCAGCAAAAAUAUCUCAAAUUAAUUAAUUUGUUGUACUUGGGAGGUGAAACACAUUGUUUGUGUAUCAUUUUAGUGUAGGAGAUAAGUUUUAACCUUAACCACAAUAAUCAACAUUUGUUUCUAUCAUUAACUAGCAAGUGUUGUACGUGUAUCUUGUGUCAAUCAAUACAAAUGUUAUAUUGAAGACGAACAAAAGUUGUUUGAAUUAAUGUAAGAUGCGUCCUUUCGUUGG